GUUAGCGCUACAGUGAUUUAUAUUUGUUUGUAGCUUGUUGAAUGUCAUAGUGGCAGCGCGCUUUUCCGCGUGAGGAUUUUCAAUAAGGUGACGUCACGCCGGCAGCCAAUCAGCUGCUAGGGGUCGGUCUCUGGAGCUGGCCGUAGUAGGUUAUCAGCCUGAAUCCUCGCACUCCGAGGUCAGGAAGCCAGAUGAGCCCACAGAGAAGCGCUUGCUCACCGUGACCAGCCCAAGCCAAAAGUCGCUGAGAGGACGAGGAAGAUCGGUAUGCAGAAGCAAUGCUGACUGACCUGCACGCAGCCAUGGUACCGAAGCGCGAGCCGGCGAAGUCUGAGGAGCGCAAGCGCACGCAGGCGGCGUGUGAGUGCCAAAGCCAAUGCAACAACUGCAAAAUCUUCCUGAGUUUAUUCAUUCUCUCGCUCUCUCUGCACCUCGUCACGCUCUUCUGCUACCUGGAACUGCGCUCGGAGCUCAAACGAGAAAUAUCCCAGAAGAACAAAGAUGAGGUGUCAUCAAUGGAGCCAGUGCAGCACUAUGAAGCCACAGAACCAGUGCUUCGUUUACCGGACACCGACCACCCAACAAUAGACGACCAGAGCAGAUGGACAGAUGAACACACAAGAAGGCUGGAGAGAGUCAUUCAUCGUACCAAACGUUCAGAAACUAAUGGAAAAAAGAAAGGAGAGCGGAAAAAAGGCAAGAAAGGACCCCCUGGUGCUCCUGGACCUCCAGGCCCACCAGGUCCACAAGGUCCACCUGGAAUACCAGGGAUCCCGGGAAUCCCAGGCAAUAACGCGAUGGGUCCUUCUGGCCCACCCGGACCUCCUGGACCCGCAGGGCCGCCUGGACCACAAGGUCCACCUGGAUCACAGGGACCUUCAGGUGGCGCAGAUAAAGGCAAACACAGAGAGACACAGCCAGCUGUGGUGCAUCUUCAAGGUCAGGAAACUACUAUCCAGGUGAAAGAAGAUUUGUCAGAAGGUGUGUUGAAAAAUUGGAGAAUGAUCUCAAUCCAUCAGAGAGUGUUUAAAAUGCACUCACGCUCUGGAGAGCUGGAAGUCCUUCUUGACGGAACAUAUUUUAUAUAUAGUCAGGUAGAAGUAUACUACCUGAACUUCACAGACAUAGCGAGUUAUGAGGUGAUGGUUGAUAAGACUCCAUUCUUACGCUGCACGCGAAGCAUCGAGACCGGCCAGCGCAAGUUCAACACCUGCUACACCGCGGGGGUGUGUUUGUUGCGAGCCCGCCAGAGGAUCUCCAUCCGCAUGGUGUACGAGGACACCUCCAUCUCCAUGAGCAACCACACCACCUUCCUCGGCAGCAUCCGUCUAGGGGACGCCCCUGCUGCCGGACACACCCCUGCUGCCGGACACACCCCUGCCACCGGACACUCCUGA